AUGGGCAUCUUCUCGUUCAGAAAACGGUCAAACCAGCCUCUCUCCUCCGUGCGCAAGGUCAAAUUCGCCGCAUCGCAAUCGCUCUCCCGCGUCAAGGACCCCCGCACCGCCGUGGCCCUCGACAUGCGCGCGCCGUCGCCGUUCCCGCGCGGGCGGCCUGUAAAACAGUACACCGUAGGAGGCAAGUCGCGCGUUGCCGUGGGCAUCGGGAAAUGGCGUACUACCCCCCGCCGCUCGCGUCCGCUGUUGGUGAAGAAGGGGUCCUUGGGCGUGGAAGAGUCCUCUGGGUCUGAUAGCGCGUCCGAGAAGGAAACGAAGAAGGAAACGAAGAAGGGGGACCGCAAAAAGAGCAAGCCAUAUCAGUUGAGUGCGCGCUCCCGUUAUGAGCGCCGUGAACUCUUCGAGCCCGGAGAUCGUGUGAUGGUGAAGGACCAUGUAGGAGGGCGGCGUUGCAUUUGGCGCCACGGGGUGGUCGCCAGUUUCCAGGAGUUUCCUCCGAAGUUGAUCACACCCGAGUCAUCACUUAUGCUCUUCGCUGUGACGUACGAUGUAGGAGAAGAGCAACAGACAGGGUACUUCAACCCAACGAGGUACGGGAUUUUGUAUGACAGGCUCCUCUCGGCGUCAGGGAGCGACUGA